UGGGAUAACAAAACGUGGACCUGAACAACCGCGGGUCUGGAAUGCACUCUUUAUUUCACCUGGGUAUGGCAGUACAUGAUCUGCAGCGUUUUAGUAUUCGUUCUGUCACAAUAUACGCACACACGUCCAUGCUCACUUCGAUAAUAUUGUGGUAGCUGAGAUUAAUUCUGAGUCAGUAGGUAGGUUUUUGUCGUACUGAUGAUCUUAGCUUUACAACCAGGCUCGGUCUUCUCUGCUGAGGUGUAUCCUAUGGAAGCAAUUGUCUGAAUAAGAUAUCCGUCGUGCCUUACCACUGAUUAACUACAGAAAUCUGAAGCCAACUCGAGUUUUGCAGUAUGAGUUUCUCGCAUUCUGUUACCGUUCCCGAACAUCGCGUCAGGCUGUGUUCUACACUGCUACUCUGGAUUAUUGCCUUCACAGCUCAAUCAUGUGAAUCUGGAAUAACUACUUCAUCCACCAUUACUUAUCAAGACCAGCUACAUGUACAUGCCACUACGCCAUGCAGUAUGCGAUCAAGGCAUGCACCUAGAUUACGGAAUACCAGCCUUGUGUAUACCACAUCGGGAACUGUUACACCGUCGAGAUGGCGAGUCCUAAAGCAAAAUGUAACUGCUUCUUCAGCACAGUUCAUGCCGCUGCGAUCAUGUGAUAUGAAAAUGGACGAAGUGGUAUUUCGUAUUUAUAAGGUCAGCUCAUGUCACAUAGAAUACACAAUUCAACGAGGCAUGGAAGUACAGACUCAGCGGGAAACCCUACUGAGGUACAAAUGGAAUCAAACGUGCACAAGACUGGACACAUGCUAUCAUAGUGUUUCGUUGAAACACUUUGCUGAACAUCUCACCAAUCAGCAAUAUGGCCCCUCAAUUUUGAGCGUGAACGUUAAGAGAUCCAAGACUCAGGGAGCCUUCUGUUUGAUUUCGGCCUGGGGUAAUGGCCCAUCUUCUCCCACCGCACCUCUUUGGCUUCAACUAGCAAUGAAGUUUGUAAAUAUUCCAGGCGUCAUAUCAGCGCAUCCACCUCCCAUACCUUCGUCGAUUUCCCCUACGUCGCCAGCAACCCUGGAGAGCCUUACGUCCGUACCCGCACUACCCACAUCGGUAUGGAAACGGACCUCGGAGACACAGUUCACAUCCAAGUUUCAAGAUGUAAAAACUCCGCUCGUCACAUCAGCUCAUCCACCUCCCAUGCCUUCGGCGAAUUCAUCUCCGUCUCCAUCGGCCGUGGAGAGCCUUACUUCCAUAACUUCACUACCCACAUCGGCAUGGAAAGGUACCUCGGAGAAACAGUUCACUUCCAAGUUUCCAGAUGUCGAUCAAACCUCAACUCAGGAACGCAAUAGGAGCGGAGGGAUUACCUCAUCGAUCACCUCACGGAUGUCAAUUGCAAACAAUGUAGAUAGUGUAUUCACAAGAAAUCAAGGAAGUUCGGCACCGGCCACCUCUCCAAGAGCAAUAUCUCCAAGAGCAACAUCUGCAAGAGCAACAUCUCCAAGAGCAACAUCUCCAAGCCCUCUUUCCUCCAAUUCCACAGGGGAAAUACUAGGUAUAGCAUGCGGCGCGUGUCUUAUUCUGAUUCUUGCAGCCCUUCUUGCCAUUCUCUACUGGAGGCGACGAAAGUCAAAAGCAUCAAUGCGAAAUCCACGGGGAAGAGAAAUGCAAUCACAGGCCCAUGAUAAUCCACACUACAGCCUAAAUACCAUUAGUAGGCAUUACAGAGGCUCAGGCUGAACACCGGCUAGAUUCACCCACUCACUAUUCACUGGCUGCACCCUGCCAUGGUCCUGCUCAAGAGCAAGGUAAUAAUGCACAGCGCACAGCACAGCACACAGAGGAAGCUUACUACAGUGUAGCAACGAGUGCAGCGCACAGCCAGGAUGCACAGACGUCAACAACGGAAUACUCGCUAGCACGUCCAGCACGAGCCUCCCCACAGCCCGCAGCUACCUACGAUGUUCUACACAAACACA